CUGUAACUUCCUGGACGGUUAGAUCGCUGUUCCCAUGUUAAUCAUGAAGACGUUGCAAGCCCGCUGCGCUCCAGUACUGAUGGCCAGACGGCGCUGAGAGCCGCUACCUGAUGUGACAAUGCGCUUCUUCUCCUUCGAUAUUACUCUUUUUUUAGCGAUCGCAUCUAUAGGUUCAUUCGUCAGAAGUGAAGGCACGCUUUCUCAUGUGAAUGGCUACACUGUUGUCAGACCGCAGAAACUCGCCGUUCGUGCCAAACGAACAUUGUCCUCGGAAAAGGAAUAUCCAGACAAGCUGCGGUAUGCGUUGUCUAUUGAGGGAGAAGACUAUAUAGUCAACCUAGAGAAGAACAGGUUUCUGUUAGGAAAGGAUUAUACAGAAACAUACUAUUUGGAUAAUGGAACUGAAGUCACAGUAUUACCAAAUUAUGAGGAUCACUGUUAUUAUCAUGGGGACAUUCAAGAUAUGAAAGAUUCUGCAGUUAGCGUGGGCUUGUGCUCUGGAAUGAGGGGUUUCGUGAGGGCUAAGCAGACAGUAUACUUCAUCGAACCUUUGGCCAACUUCACAGAGGGCGACCAUGCCAUUUACAAAGAGGAGCAUCAGAGAAGAAAGAGAUCCUCAUGUGGUCACUACAACAAUACUUACUAUGACCAUGGCCCCAGAGUCUCCGGGGUGUUUAGGCCCAGUGUUUGGAAAAGCAACUCACUUUUCAAUGGAGAACGAUUCGUCGAGAUGUUUUUGGUAGCUGACAAUGCAGAGUAUAGAAAAUGUGAUGGGAAGAUGGAGAAAGUAAAAGCAAGAAUGCUGGAAGUAGUAAAUCAUGUCGACAAGCUGUAUCGCCCUGUAAACAUUCAUGUAGUGUUAGUAGGUCUGGAGGUUUGGUCUCACAUGGACAAGAUUUAUGUCAGCACUAAUCCUGACACAACCUUGACAAAUUUUCUCCAGUGGAGGCAGAACAGUCUUAUCAAUAAGAGAAAACAUGACAAUGCACAACUUGUCACUGGUAUUGAUUUUGACGGAGACACUGUGGGUUUGGCAAACAAAUUUGCAAUGUGUGAAUCCGGCUCUGGGGCAGUGAAUCAGGAUCAUCAUGUCAAUUCUAUUGGUGUAGCUUCGACAGUCGCGCAUGAGAUGGGUCACAACUUGGGUUUGUCACAUGACACUUCUAAUUGUUACUGUGGCACAUCAACAGGCAAUAAAAACUGCAUUAUGGCAGAUCGUGUUGGAUCCGUCUUCCCAGAGACAUUCAGCAGCUGUAGUAAAACUCAGCUGAGUCAGUUCCUUCAGCAGUAUAACCCCCCGUGUCUGUCGAAUAACCCAGGCUCCGUGAUUUGCGGCAAUGGUUACCUGGAACCUGGAGAGGAAUGCGACUGUGGCACCCCAGAGGAUUGCAAUGAUGCCUGUUGUAACGCCACCACAUGCCGACUGACUAAAGGAUCUCAGUGUGCAUUUGGAGGGUGCUGUGAGAAUUGCCAGCUCAAGCAUUCCGGAAGCCUGUGCAGAAAAUCUGCAAAUGAGUGUGACUUGGAGGAAUAUUGCACGGGCACAUCUGCAGAAUGUCCAAAGAAUGUAUUUAAGAUGAAUGGGCUUCCUUGCAACUUCAACCAAGGGUACUGCUACAAUGGUCAAUGUCCAACACUCCUUCAGCACUGCAAAAGAUUGUGGGGUUCAGAUGCACAAGUUGGCAGCGAUCUGUGCUUUGAAGAAAAUACAGCUGGUUCAUAUUAUGCAUAUUGCAAAAACACUAAAGAUCGCUACCUCGGCUGUGCAAAACAGGAUGUGAAGUGCGGCACAAUCUUUUGCACUAGCAGAAAUAAUCCUAUAACUCAGAAAAAGUUGAACUUGAAUUUGAAUGGGAUACCUUGCCAUGUCGCUUUACCGGAAACUGAAUCAAGUGAUAUCGGUAUGGUACCCACAGGUACAAAAUGUGGAGAGGACAAGGUCUGCUAUGAUAAUGCGUGUCAAGACAUUAAAGUGUACGGAAACAAAAACUGUUCAGCAAAAUGCAGUGACCAUGGGGUGUGUAAUCAUGAAGGACAGUGUCACUGCGACCCUGGCUGGGCUCCGCCCCACUGUAACGUCAAGUUUUCUGAGCUCACUCAAGUGAGCGCCGUGGCUAUUGGGGUGUCUGCAACUCUGGGAAUUCUUAUACCUCUUAUGCUUGUUAUUGGAGGAUUUAUGUGGUACAAAAAGACAAAUAAAGCGGAAUUCACCACUACAAAAAAAGUGGCCAGUGCCUCAAGUCUGACAAACCCACUAUUUCACAAAGGCAUUGUGAAUGGCAGUUCUAGGGACAGGAUUCACCAAAUCAGUCAGCCAAUCUUUAUGGAAUCCUCAGUCACUCAAGCCUGCACUCCAUUGGUUGUCACUGUUGUCUCUAGCCACUCACCCCCAAAGCCACAGGUUAAGCCACCACCCCCAGCAAGACCGUUGCCACCGUUAAAUGUAAAUCCGGUCAGAAAGCCACCAGUACCCCCAGUAAAACCUGCAGGAUCCACAACUCCCCAGAAACACCAUCAAGCUGCGGGACAAAAGGCUGCACUGACUCCCAAAGCCAAGACCAGAUGACCAGAAAAAUAAGUUGUGGUUGCAACUCAUUCAGAAAUCAGGAGAGACCUUUUGACGAUGGAGGAGUUUCUGUGGGUGACUGGAUUUGUUACACAUUGAUGCCUUCAGGAAACAUUUUUUAAAAUUUUAUUUAAUUUUUUCUAAGCAAUGAGAAUCAGCAGUUUUACCUUAAGCUGUCUGGUGAUGUCAUCUUCGUUGUUUUUUUAUGUUUUACAUUUUGAGGGACCUUAUGUAAAGGAGUAAUAUCAUUUUUUUGUACUGCACUUUGCAAAUAGCUCCUGAAAUAAAGGUAACGACUAGGGAGUAAAAUGCAGCUUUGUUCCAUUUUUUAGAUUUAAGUAUGAUGUUUAUGAUCUUCUUAAUGUCGUUCUGAACAAAUGUGAACCUUUGACUGCAAGUUCAUAUUGAAAACAUCAAAUGAACAUUGAACCAUCCACCUCUUUCAAAAACCUUGAAUGCAUUUGUGUGAAUAUCGUGCUUGUUGUUGAUGUUGUUGUUGAUGUUAUUUAAUGUCUAACUUGGUAAAUAGUUUACCGAAUUGUUCUUCUAAUUUUCCGGUCAGCAGUGCUGAACACAAAGCUUGUUUAUAUGAGCUGUUUUUGUAUUUUAUUUAUUCUGUUUUUUAUUGAGUGUUCUAAGUAUAAAAACUGUUAUAGGCUGAUUUGUUUGUGUGAUGAUCGCAUGCAAUAUACUUGAAAACUUUUUUGUUGCAGUUUAUGCUUAUUUAAGCCCCUAGUUUAGAUACAACUUCUUGACACCUGUAUGUCAUAAACAUGUCUUUACAUUGCAUACAUUGUUAAGUAAAUAAAUUCAGCUGUAAACUUGUAUCUUCCUGGUACUGGAUAAGUCGGCCUAUGUAGAUGGAAAGAAUGGAUGAAAAUAAAUCCAUGUUUUAAAA